AUGGAUACUUUCCUUACCGGGCUUACCCGGCAAGCAAUGAACUAUGCCAUUCGAUCAGGGAUCGCCAUAACUGCUAGCUAUGCUAUGCGCCAGUCCUCGCGCCUACUGAAAAAUGUUGAGAGCGAGGACCGCGAUGAGCUUCUUUCAUUGCAACAGCGCCUUGAGAGCAAGAUACAAGUCAUUGCUCCCUCUAUUGACAUGAUCGAGCUGAUUGCUGCUCGAGGCAAUACGUCAUUAGAAUCUGCGGUCACCCUGACCAAAUCUCUAAGAUGGGACAUUCAGGCCUUGGGCCAGCGACUGGCUAAGGCCGCUGCCUCUGAAGAGUUGAGACGAAAGGGAGCAAAGUCAUCCAAAGAUCGGUCACACAGCGAGAUGGAAAUCAAGCUAAUCAUCAAAGAUAUCAAAAGACUGUUGAUGCGCAUCGAAGAUGCCGUGCCACUGAUGAAUCUGGCCAUCACAACUUCUGGGGCGAAAUUAUCUACCAAUCUUCCAGCAACUGUGUCGCCAUCCCGACUCCUCCAGGCUAGCACCUUUCUCACUGCAGGCGACACGCAGUACUCCAUGUCGCCAUCUCAGGCAGUUCAAGUGGGCCCAACCUUCACACUUUCUAUGUAUAUGCUGUUUGCCGGCCACUUGCGCCCUCAUGAUGAAGAAUCCUUCCGCGAGGCAACCUGGAAGGAAGUCAUGCAUAAGGCUCGUUUGAAGCUACGACGUGUUCCUAUGCAUGCGCUACAUCCUCCGGAUCAACGCCCUAAAGGAAAGCUACCAGGACCAGGCGGAGCUGAUGAAUACACGUACCAAGUUCUAUUGAUUGAAGAUUUGGACGAUGGGCGUGUUCAUACAUUUGAUGAGAAUGAGCCACAGCCUCAAAGCUUUGAGGGUGUGUCUACAGCAGGCAUACGGGAGAUUCUCCCUAUCCACCAGAUUUCCAAGAUUUUCUAUGCCGACACUGGAAGAAUCCUCAACUUCAGUGCGGAAGGAGAAAUAAAUAACCCAGUACUUCUCCUGAAAAGAGACAUCAACGCAGUUCCUCCUCGGCGCAUGAUGGAACACGACGAACUAGACAACGUCACUCCAACGGGAUCAGAAGAAGAAUCAGAAGACGAGGAACAGGCUCAGCUCGAUGCACAAUUGAAUGGAGACCACAAUCCAGGAAAUGAGAGCUUCGGCUCACUCCACCAAGACUCCAUACCCGAAGAAUGGCGUCUUCCUUCUGGGCUGGAUCCAGAAUGGAUCGCAUUCGAAGUCUUCAACGAAGACGAAACCUCUGAUACCGAGUCCGAAGCCGAAGCUACAGAAGACUCUACCGAAUCCUCAAUCGAUCCAGCUCUAAUGGCCAAGCUCUCCAUAGAAAGCAAUGAUCGCUCCUCGCCUCCAUCAACACCACCUCGCAGCAAACAACCCCAAUCAACAGCCUCAGCAACCGUCUCAAACCCACACUUCGAAAACAUCCGCACCUCACUCUCCCUUCUCGAGACUCUCCUCCGUUUGACCUCCUUACAACAAUUCCAACAACAGUCCCAUCUCGCCAUCAGCGAUGAGCUCCUCAACUUCUUCUUAGAAGAAUCUGCAACCACUGGUGCCGGUGGCGACGAACAACACCGCCAGCGCCUUCGCUCCGAUGCCCGUCGCCGAGUCGGUUGGGACCCUUACAAUGAAAGUCCGGUCAAGCAUCGCGGCGAGGAUUACCAGUAUGGCUGGGAGCCUGGGAGCAGUCCUUAUCAACACGGCGGUGAUCCCUACUCGCCUAGUGGACGUGCACAGGGCUUCCACCUUCGUUCGAGAGAGAACACCCCCGAGACUCCGGUGCGUAAAGGCUCGCCGGGGGUUCGUCCUAGUGGCCUGCGUGACAUGACACCUGCAUAUGGGAGCUCACCUAUCUCGAUGAAAGGUUAUUCAGCGCCAAGAGAUGCAGAACCUGGGAGGGCGGAUUGA